GCGAAGCAGUCGUGUGAAGCGUCGGAGAGCGGAGAUCGACGCUUGGAGGCUGCAGCACACACCGCCUGCCUCCUCAUCCUCCUCAUCCUCCUCAUCCUCCUCCUCAUCAUCCUCCUCAUCCUCACCUCGUCUUCAUCUGCUCGAGUGCAUGGGAAAACGGUUGUCUUGCAACGUCACACUGAAUGGAAGGCGUUGAAAUUCCAUUAAGAUGACCCGGACACAUCCCCCUGAUAUCCUGACAUCAGCGCUGUACCGGGACCUUCCUCUGUAUCUAACCACCGAACACGUCGUUUCUCCUCACUCUUCUUUGCAAUGUGACUCGAAGAUGAUUGAUAAAGCAGAAAUCAUCAACAAAAGACACUGCCGCAGCUUUGACUUCCUUGAAUCACUGGACGACCCACAGGCUGCGUCUUCCCCGAUGGAGUGUCCUUUUAAGCGGCCGGAACAGCAGACCUUACGCAAAGAUCUAACCUGGAAUGGACUAGAUCAGCCGGGAUAUCUCCGCUUCUCAUCUCCGGAUUUGUUUAACUCCAGGCAAAUCCAACCGCACACCAUCCAAGACAAAAGCAGCCACCUCACGUGGUCGGAUUCUGUAAAUAGAAAAAGAUCUAGAAGUGCUCCCAGAAUCAAAUCCACUCUGACUCCUGUGCCCAUCUCCGUGUCUCCAUUGGAGGCCCACAAAGACAAGGAUGCGCUCGAAACGUCGAGGUCCUCUGAAACGCAAAGAGAGGCAUAUUCCUCCAGUAGGGCUUUUUGGAACGAGGUCCACCCCAAUAAGCUGCAACCCCAUUCUCCCCUCUAUGUGUCUGAUUGUUUUGAUGAGGGUAAAUCCGAAAAAACAGCCGCAACACCUCACGUCAGGUGCCGCGUGGACAUUAAACCGGACGCCGCCGUCCUCCGACACACAUCUCGGCAGGUCCCCGGUCUCCGGCCUGAACGACUCGCUUGGCAAAGAUACUCUCAGGCUAGUAGCGGUCGAGGUUUGUAUGUACCGCGGCAGAUUUCCUCACCUACGCCGACUCCGAGCGAAUGCUACAAUGGAGAUUUUAGACAAGGACAUCACUACGCCGCAAGCAUGUCUCCUGUCUCUUACCAGCAUCUAGACAUGUACCGGAUGUCGUCACCAACCGCAAUGUAUCUCAAUAAGGAACAAAGAGCUUACUCCAACCCGAACAUCCCAACAAAGUUAUUCUACACAGAGGACCCAGUUCGAUAUUCAGCUCAUCCUUAUUCAAGAGCAUAUUUUCAGAACGAUAGGUCCAGUUUAGCCAGCCGCGGAAGUACGAUGACGAGUCAUUAUGAUCCAAGGACUCGAUGGGUACAUACCCUUCCUCUCAGGUCAUACGACACGGACAAUUUCUCAAACCGCGAGCCCUCACACUCUGUAUUCAGUACACCGUACCCUACAAGUGAGGCGGGCUCCUGCUUUUCUCCAACCCCCUCAAGCUCUUACUUUGGGGAUGACCCCCGUUUCAAUCCCUACCACCAAAGUUGCUCAAAUGCAUAUUGUAACAAGCCGUCGGACUCUCAGGAGGAGCGCUACUUUCCAUCAAGGCAGUACCACACGGAAGGGCGACGACGCCCUCGCAUGUCGCAGGCUUUUUCCGAUGACUGGUAUCACUCGAGUAUAUCUGCUUAUUCCAACCAGUCAUCUCAGCUCACCCCACCAAGGGUACGGACAGACACGGGUAUACCCCCGUGGCAAACGACCUACAGCGCAGAGCCGAGUCGACUUAGGACGGAGGCCAAAAACCACUCCAAGUCUUGGGACAAUAUUCUGUAUCCCCACAAUGACAGAGAGCAAUCGGCGCCUCGUGGAAGGAGCUAUGAGAAUCUGUUUUACCAAGCUAGGCACGGCGCGUCUCCCAAUGUCUCAGCUCAACCUGUUAUCCUUAACCUUUCGAGUUCGCCGAAGCGCUACGCUGCCCUGUCUCUCUCCGAGACGUCUUUAGAGCGAGGGCCAAGCAAUCCCUGGAAGAACAGCAAGAGUGGCCACUGGUUUGUGACUCCUGAGAUCACCAUAACUGACAAUGACAUAUGUGCGGGCGGCCGUGAGCGGCGUGGCGUGCACGCUGUCAACUGGAAUACUUUGGACAGUGAAAAGAAAUCUGCUGCGAGAGCGAUGGACGUUAAGAAGUCUUUCAACACAGCAGAAAUGACCAAAGAAAGGAAACGUAACAAUGUCUCCCUUCAGCAGAGUCUGGAGCAACUUGAUGAGUUGUUAGCUGACUUAGUGGUUGAUUACAAACCACCGACCAGCAGGAAGCCUAGCGGGGACUUUCUGGAUCAGCUUAAACAACUGAUUACUGAAGAUGAUGAAAAAGUCCGGGGAUCCUCUGAGAUGGAAAAUCUUGAAUGUCGGAACACACAGCUCCCGUCUUCUAAAUCCAGCCCUGACACAAUCAAAGACCCCGAUAGCGGGUGCGAUGCGUUACAAAGAAGUGCAGAAGAAUGUUCUCCAGACCACAGCGUGGAGGAAGAGGAAACCAUGGCGUGUGCCAACAAGAAGUGCGAGCGUUCGGAAAAUAUGUUCAAUGCAUGCUUGUACUUCAAAUCGUGUCAUAGCUGUUACACCUUUUACUGCUCACGAAACUGUCGCAGGGAUGACUGGGAGACCCACAAAGAAACGUGUCUGUACGGCCGCGUGAGCAGCGUGUGUCGGCACGCUAUCAAGUUCUGCAGAGAAAAUUCCGAGAUUCAUCAAGCCUUCUCUCGUAUCGCUAAAGCCGGUUACCUCUCCAGAGGCAGAGGCGUCCUCUUUCUGGGUUUUGCCAAUCUGGAGACCGCUGAUCACUUUCUCCGAGUCGGGCUUGAGAGCCUCGCCAUGUCGCCCACAUACCUGUCUCUCAGAGAGCUGGAUGGCUUUCGGGACAACUUGGGUGAAUACUGCAAGGAACUGCAGCAGGCGGGUCAUGAGUAUGAUCCCAGGGAAUGUUUCCUCUUGAAUGUAUCUGUGUCUGUAGCUGUUGGCGAACUAGUGCCUAAUAGACCCUCACCGAGGGUCCAAACACCAACGGUUCGGAAAUUCGCAAAGGUAUCCCUGGCUUCUUCGAGCCCAGAAAAAAAGCUCCUGAAAAAGGAUAGCGAAAUGGAAACGCUUAUCCUUACUCCGCCACCGGGAACGCCGGCCGUUGACCAGGAGGGCGAGGAGGGAAGAAAAGCCCGGGAGGUGUGCUUUGUCAACAUUCAGCGUGAGCUCAGGAUUAGGGGAGUCUUCCUUCGACACGAGUACCCCAAAAUCUACAACCAGCUGUGUGAGUUUGUGGAGAGCAACAGAAGGUUCACUCCAACAACCAUUUACCCAAUAGAUAAGAGAACGGGGAAACAGUUUUUGUGCAUGAUCAUGGCUGCAUCGGAGCCCAGAACAUUAGACUGGGUGGACACCCCGCAUCUCUUGGACGAUAUCAUUUAGAGCAGCAUUGGUUAGGAAGAAUAAUCACGAUGUCAAGUACGCCAAAUGUACAUAUUGUAAAUGCAUGCAAUUUGGAAAGUUCAAGUUUGACGUGAAAGGAUUUGCAUACGGCCAAUUUCCCUCCCCGUCUCGCUGACCUCUCGCACACCGACGUGGACCUACGAUGCACAAACAGCACACACCACAUACGCUUUCAUUUGCUUGCUGUGCGAGAACUUAAUAAGGCUGCAUGUAAACUGGGCACAACACAAGCAACCUUUCUGCUCUACGAUGUACCAAGCACACGACAUUUCUAGUUUUCUAUAUGCACAUCUUCUGGCCUCCACAGUCCACGUAAUAGACACACACGUGUCUCAUUGGCCAGAAGUCCCACUAGAUUGUAUCUGAAAUUGCAAUGACACCCUGUAAUGAGAAUAUUACUACUGGUGACUCGUAGUCAGAGUAUAUUCAUUUAGAAAAUUGCAUUUGUGUGGCUAUUUUUAUAUCAGUCUUUUAGUUACUGUUUGAUAGAAAAUGAAGUACAAUCAAGACAGCCGUUUCGUUUUCCAGCGAAGAAUGAAUUUGAGAUGAAACAAGUCGUGCUUGGAUAAAGUGCUUUGUUUGAAAGUGGCCUUCGCUCGAAAAGACGAAUUUUAAAUACAGCAAAGUGCACAUUUUAAAUCUUUCUUUUGGCUUAAAGCAUAGAUUUAUUUCAAUCGAAGCAUCUUAUUUUUAAUUCAGGUAUGUUAUAAAUAAAUUACAUUUGAUACUCAUAAAUAAGAGUACAGUAAGUUACCUUACUGACUUCGAUCACUUGAAUAAUACAAACUAAUCCUGCAGUGUGUUUUUAGACAAUAAGCAAUACAAGAGUAACAAUACUGUAUAUAUAUAUAUAUAUAUAUAUAUAUAUAUCAUAAAAGAAUGGUCACAAUUGUCAUGGAAAUGUUCUUUUGAACCAUGUUUUGUGAAUACUCAUUUUGUCCCAACUGUAAGUGAUAGGAAUGUUCCUAAAAAAAAAUCUGCAACACUGAACCUAGAUAUGAUAUGCCUGCUUCCAUUGUCAUUGCUGACUAAAAUUAUAUUGCUCUUUUACUGGAUUAUAUCUUUGUGCAAGAUUUUAAAUUUAUA